GUCUCCAUGGGUGUUGCCCGCAGUUGAGAAGGUCAGUACUAGCGGAUCUUUGCCCCAGCAUGAAGCUCAGCUGCUUGGAAGGCUGCUUCAAGGCUUGGAGGAGAGCAGUCUCUCGGUUCACGACGUGACCAGCGUUCUGGAACUUGACCUCAAGCGACCAGGCUACGGCGACUCCUUGGCGCAGACGAUGGCCUCGCCCGACGGGCAGGCGCCCAAAGAAGUGGCGCCACGGAAGGAGGAGAAGGAGGAGGCUCCAGCCUCGGCAGCCUGCGCUCGCUGUCGGGUCCUCGAGCGGCAGAUGAAGGCUUUGGCUCAAGCCUUAGCAGGCUUGGGUGCCCGCAUCUUCAACUGGACU